AUGGAUGACGAAUCUGAAUUUUUAAAAAGAAUGGGACAGAAAAAAAAGAAGUUGGCCAAGGGACGUCUUGAUAAGUUCUACUAUUUGGCUAAGGAACAGGGUUAUAGAUCCCGUGCCGCUUUCAAGUUGAUUCAACUCAAUAAGAAAUAUAACUUUUUAGGUUCUGCUAAAGCAUGUCUAGAUCUUUGUGCUGCACCAGGUGGUUGGAUGCAAGUAGCUUCAAAAUAUAUGCCAGUACAAUCUUUGAUUGUCGGUGUCGAUCUCGACCCAAUUCGUCCAAUUAAGAACUGUAUUGGUUUGCAAGAGGAUAUUACCACUCAGAAAUGUAGAACUGAAAUUAAGAAAUCUUUAAAAACAUGGAAAGUUGAUAUUUGUUUGCAUGACGGUGCACCUAAUAUGGGUACUUCAUGGAUUCAAGAUGCUUACCAACAGGCAGAGUUGACUUUGCACGCUUUGAAAUUGGCUACUGAGUUUUUGGUUGCUGGUGGUUGGUUCGUUACCAAGGUGUUCAGAGGACCAGAUUACAAUGCUUUGCUCUGGGUUUUCCACCAGUUAUUCAAGAAGGUCGAUUCCACCAAGCCACAGGCAUCUCGUAAUGCCUCUGCCGAAAUCUUUGUUGUCUGUCAGGGAUUCUUGGCACCAAAGCACAUCGAUCCAAAGUUGUUGGAUCCGAAAUACGUUUUCAAGGAGAUCAAAGAGGCACCAAAGCACAUCGAUCUCGGAAAGACAACGACCAAGCGUAAUCGUUCCGGUUACGAAGAGGGUAUCACAGAGAUUGCAAAGACUGCAACCGUCAAGGAUUUCGUGGAGGGUAACGAUCAUUUGAAGAUUUUGGCAUCGGUCAACUCGCUCCAAUUCGACGUAGAGAGCAAGAUGUACUUUGACCAUCCAUCGACCACCACUGAGAUCAAAGAGUGUUUCAAAGAUAUCAAAGUUCUCGGUAAAUUCGACUUUAAGGUGCUGAUCAAGUGGAAGAAGGAGAUGUUGGAAUACAAAGAAUCAUUAGAAGGAAAGAAAGAGGAAGAAGCAGCUCAAGUUGAACAACCAGAUACCAAUCGUUUACUUACUCAAGAGGAAUUAGAUGAGAAUUUAGAUAAAUUGUUGGAAGAGAAUCAAUCUAAAUUGGAAAAGAGAAAGAAGAAGGAAAAGAAGAAACAAAAUGAAAAGAAGAGAGUACUCCAACAGAGAUUACAAUUGAAUAUGACUAUUCCAGGUGAUUCCAUCGAUCAGAUUGACGAUAACAAUCUUUUCGAUUUACAAAAAGGAAAGGAUGAUCAAUUUGAAAUCGAUGCAUCUGCAGAUGUCGAUCCAGAUGAAAUUGUAGAUUCUGAAGAUGAAAUGAAUCAAGAAGAAUAUGAAAAUGAUGAAGAUUUUGAAAUGGAUAAUGAAGAGUUUAUGGAACAACAAUUGGAUGAACAGUAUUCACAGUAUUUAAAGAGAGUCAAAGGAAAGAGUGGAGAAGUCGAUGUAAGCAGAGUAACAAAGGAUAAGCUAUCGGAUUACAGCGGUAAGGGAAUGGACGAUCUCGAGAUUGAAGACGAUGAAACCAUGGAGAUGAAGCUGAGUGAUAACAAGAGUAGUUUGCUUUACGACGGAAAGAAGAGAGCAACCUCUGAAAAGUCAGCAUCAAUGUGGUUCAACCAAUCUCUUUUCAGAGGUGUCACUGGUGACGACGAAGAUACCGCCGCAGCAGAGGAAGAUCCCGAACUGGACAGACCAAUCAAACUUCAAAAGACAUCGACCGAAUCGAAAUCGACAACCAAGAAAGAAUCAAAGAAGAGUAAGAAAGACAAAUCAUCGUCGUCGUCCUCUAAAUAUCAAUCGGCGCCAACCGGACAAUUGGAUGACAGUGACGAAGAGCAAGAAGACGCCAAGCAGGGUGAAGACAAUCAGUUUGAAGUGGUUCCAAUGGAGCAGGAUAUCGAGUAUGAGAGCUCCGACUCUGAGGACGAAGACUCACGUAUCAAGACACUGGCAAUGGGAACGAUGAUGUUGAGAAAGAAGGUCAAGCAAGAUAUGACUGACGACGCUUUCAAUAGAUAUGCGUUCAACGACGACGAUCUACCCGAUUGGUUCACCCAAGACGAAGACCGUCACAACAAGCCACAGACACCACUCACCAAGGAGAUGGUAGAGGAGAUCAAGCGUGAGAUUCGUGAGAUCGACUCACGUCCGAUCAAGAAGAUCGCCGAAGCCAAGGCCAGAAAGAAGUAUAGAACUGCCAAGCGUCUCGAGAAGCUGAAAGACAAGGCCAACUCUGUCGUCGACAACGAGGAGAUGUCCAAUCGUGAGAAGACACGUGCCAUCGAGAAACUCUAUGAAAACAGUAACAAGGCUGGUCACGCCAAGCAAAAGAAACUCGUUGUCAUCUCCAAGAAGUUCAAGACCGGUGGUGGUAGCGGUAGUAAAUACAAGGUCGUCGAUAAGAGAAUGAAGAAGGAACUUAGAGCAACCAAACGUGUUGAAGCCAAGAAGAAAGGUACAAGAAAAUAA